ACACCUGCAACAAUCUCUUGUGGCUGCUUGUGGUGUAUUGUAGAAAGAAUUGGCCUGGUUAACGACACCAUGUUUUCGUUCGUGCCAAUAAUUAAAAUUUACUCUACCAUAACUUCGCACGCACAACAAUCCUCUGUGAUCAUGAUAACAGCGUUAAAUGCUCUAUGCAAUAAUAUUCCAAAGGAUCUGUCUAAUACAUUCUGAGAAGUCUAUGAGGAUUUUAACAGCUAUUUUGCAAGUAGCUCGAAAAGGCGUUAAAAAUGCUUUUGCGCAAUACAAUUUUCAAUAUUUCUUCAUGCCAUAAACAACUGUUUAUAAAUGUUUUGGAAAAUCUGCUGUUCGGAAUAAGCCAAAAGAAAUGUUCGACAUGUGCGCCACGUUAGGUUAGAGAUAAGCAGGUCAGCUGUUGUUUGAAGAUAAAUAACGUCAGCCCAGGCUCUGAGAAUGAGCUUGGAAGAAUUUAAGAAUGAGGUAGAGAUUGGCAGUCGAGACUGCAGGAAAAAAGGCACAACGAUAAGAAGCAAAGAGCGUGAAGUAAUCAAGUCGAUUAUUGAAUCUUGUGAUCAGGAGGCUAAGCAAAAGUGCCUGUUGUUUCCGUUGCGUCAAGCCACCAAGAGAGCUGCACAGUACGCCAAGGUCUCUGAGCGAACUGUCAAAAGGAUUAGGGAAGAAGUUAAACUAGGAAUUGAAUUCUCUGAUAUUGAGUGCUCAUCUCCUGGAAAAAGGAAGAGAAGUAAGAUGAGUUUUAAAUUUGCCAGCAAUUUAUCCUUCAUGUUUGGAGAAAGUCCCACUAUUAUCGGAAGGUACCAACUUGCUAAACAAGCUGGUUUUAAAGCUGUGGAAAGUGGAUUUCCAUUUGGCUUUACCGUUGAGGAAGUUGUCGAGGCUAAGAAGAAUGCUGGUGUAGAUCAAAUACUCAUAAAUAUAUUUACAGGCGAUGUCACUAAAGGAGAACUGGGAUUUGCUGCAAUACCAGGCCAAGAGGAGGACUUCAAAAAGAGCCUUGAGCUUACCAUUGAGUAUGCUAAAGCCUUAGAAUGUAAAAAGAUUCACAUAAUGGCUGGCAAGGUAGAAUCGCCCACAGACAUCAAUGAUUCUGUAUAUGAAAGCAACUUAAGAAUUGCUGUGAAAAGAUUAGAAACUGAAGGAAUAAUAGGCCUGAUAGAACCUAUUAAUAGUAUCACCGUACCAAAUUAUUAUUUGCACAGCUUUGACAGAGGGUUGGAUAUAGUAAAGAAGAUAAACAGUCCAAAUUUGAGAUUAAUGCUGGACCUCUUUCACUUGCAACAUACCAGUGGGAAUAUUACGAACUUUAUAAAGGAAAAUCUGCAGUACUUUGCACAUGUACAAGUAGCGCAAGUACCAAGCAGACACGAGGUUGAUGUGCCAGGUGAAAUUGAUUUCAAAUACGUUUUUUCUGUAUUGGAACAAGAAGGAUACGAUGGGCACAUUGGAUUAGAAUAUAAGCCGAAAACGAGCUCAUUAGAAGCAAUAAAGUGGGUUAAGAAAUUUGGCUAUUCGUUGUAAAGGAUUGCGAAGUUGUACUGUAAAUAAAUAUUGUAUAAUAUA